UCCUAGCAAGCACGACUUGGAGGGUAGUCUGUCCUGUUGAAUCGAUACAAGCUUAGUAGUAGUAGUAGUACAUCUUGAUGGUAGAACGUUAGAUCAGUUUUAGUUAUUUUUGAAGGCAGAAGUACAUCGUUUUGGUAGAACGUUAGAUCAGUUUUACAGUUAUUUUUUAAGUCGUCGAAGUCUGAUGGCUGCUUUCGCGUUUAACUUCCACGACUGACCCGGGCGAGUGCAUUUAAGAGAGAGUUGUGUAAUAAAACAAACAGAAAUUACAGUUUCAGGCUCUGCUAAAGCAAGGAGGAUUUAGCAGUUGAUGAAAGACUGCUUGUCAACAAAAAACAUUUCGUGGCGUAAAUGUACGAGAAGUUGAUACUGUGUAAACAAUGGAUCGUUGCCACCCAGUUUAAGUCGGAGGUGGAGCAAUUUUCUUCAGGGAUAAGGUUGUAAAGUAGCGUUUUCCACGUGGAGGAAUUGGAAUUUAUACCUGGAUAAACUCGGGGAAAAUUUUUUUUGCACGUUUUACGCACUUGCUUCCAUUCAUUAUCAGCUUCAUAGGUACCACUGGUGAAAAAAUGCGUGUUGUGAGCUCAUUAUGUUUUAAACGUACAGAAACCCGAGACAAUACAACUCUGCUUCGUUUGUUGUUUUUCUUUUCGGUCCUUGUUUCAUCUUCAUCCUGUCCAGACAAAUGCGUCUGUUCCACAUCAACUGUAAAAUGUGUGAACCAGGGCUUAUUAGAGGUUCCACAACCAUUACCUGCAAACACUAAAACCCUUCAUCUUACUGGGAACAACAUUUCCCGUCUCACAGAUGGGUCUUUCCCCGUCCCUCUUGAGCUUUUAACAGACUUGUAUCUCACGGGAAACCAGGUGGAGCUGGUGGACCAUAAUGUAUUCAACAAUUUGCCAAGUCUUAGGUUGCUGGAUCUGAGUAACAACAGGAUUUUGAAUUUUAGUGCUCAAGCCUUUCCUGAUGACAACAAACUGCUGGACCUUAAUCUCAGCAGGGCUUUUUACAACCGUACUUCCAUGGAUGAGUUCUUCAACAUGCUACGGCAUGACCGAGCCCUUCAUCUCACCCACUUGGACCUGUCUAACAAUGCCCUGGUCGUCCUCCCUGAAGGUACGUUCUCCCGCCUAUUCAAUCUAACCAGCCUCAGCCUACAAAACAACUCCCUGAUCUUCAUCCGGAAUGGGACAUUAAGUGUCCCUCCACUCCAUGAGCUGGAUCUGAGGGACAAUGCCCUGAGGGAACUGCCCAAUGCUACAUUAAUGGACUUCAGCCUCAAACCUGGGCUUCGGGUUUACCUGUCAGGCAACCCAUGGCUCUGUGACUGCAACAUUGAGGAUCUUGUGGCAUGGCUCAAGCACUCUGAGCAGGUUGCAGAUGAGCAAAAUGUGACCUGUUCUGACCCUGACGUUAUGCUCCGGUUGCCAUUGCUGCAGAUAGAACAUUUGAAGUUGGAGUGUACAUUUUCAGGUGACAUGAAAGGUGUGCUGGAGACCUCGUAUGUAUUCCUGGGCAUGGUGCUGGCCCUGAUCGGAGUGAUCUUUCUGCUGGUCCUCUACCUUAACAGGAAGGGGAUCAAGCGAUGGAUGUACAACAUUCGGGAUGCGUGCCGGGACCACAUGGAGGGCUACCACUACAGGUAUGAGAUAAAUUCGGAUCCCAGAUUGGCCAACCUCAGCCUCAACUCAGACAUUUGAGAGGACCACUGUGCAGGCCAGGGAUCCGCAGUGAAUGAGACAUUAUGACGUGUGGUCAAGAUAUGCAUGUGAAUCUCUUUAGUUCUGCAGGGGGCUUCAGCCUUCCUGCCCCUCUCCUAGCACACCCUAACAAUGGCAUCUUCCAGACUUCUUCACCAGUCAUGACUCUCACUAGCCUGAGUAAUAAUGAGCCACAAUCAGCCACUGCACAUUCCUAUGGCCCCUGAAAUGCGAUGUCAGAAUAAAAAUAAACAUAUUUUUUACACACAUUACAGUGUUGCAUGGACUGAAAAUCCUGACCUAGAGGGUUUGUUAGGAGGCUAAUAUUUUUUUCUUUUCUUGAGCAAAAGCAUUAUGGACCACAGAAUUCAAACAAAUCAACUUCUUUUGACUGGUAGUAACAAGACAAUGUAUACACAUAUCUAACUUGCUGGUUAUAUUUUACCUAAAAAUGUAUCUACAUUAUUGCUAUGCUUGUGAUUUCAUUAUACAGAUGUUAUUAGUAAUUGCCCAUUUAUUUGACUAGUGUUGCAAUUGUUAGGUUAACAUUAACUACAUUUUUAAUGAUCUUCAGCUGAAUAAAAUGUCUUGCAUUCCUGAUUUCUUUUCUCGACUGAGGUCCUUUGAACUCCUGAGUUUGAGGGUUGUGGUGCUAUUUGUGUGGCAGAGAUUCAGGGUCAUGAAAUGAAAAAACAUGCAGACAGGGGUCACCAAGCCACAGGCAGCACUCACAAGUAAGUCACACAGAUUUCACGUUACUUUCACACAUUAACAAGUUCUCAGAAACGUAGAAAUGUUCUCAGAAAUGAAGCCAUGAUUAUUCGAAUAUGCACAGGGCCAUGUACUGGAAUAAUUGCUUUCGAAACACAGUUUUUGUACACUAACUCAACAGGUUUGAGUUAGGAGUUUAUGUUACAUUUGUGUUCCUAAAAACGAUCAGAAGAAUAGACUGCACCCAGAUUGAAAUAAAAGUACCAUCCCAAGACUAGAUUGUGAAGAGGACAGCCAAAUUGUAGCCAUGAAAAACUUC